AUGAACAACCCUCAGCACCUUCAUCGAACAUAUAACUUUUCGAUGAUGAACAAUGUAAGGCAACCCAUCCCUGUUCUUGUCAAUAACUAUCCAGCAAAUGAUAAACUGGUGGAGUCUCAAUCUAAACGAAAAUCGGUGAGAUCAAGUAAUUUAAUCCCGAUCCCUAUUGUCAAUACCAACAAAGAUAAUAUAAACAAAAAGAUUAGACUGCGUCUGUCUCACCUUAAUGUUAGAUCAGCAAAUAAUAAAGCUCCAAUUAUAAAAGACUUUACGGUGGACAAUGCCAUAGAUAUAUUGGCAAUCACGGAGACGUGGUUUAAGAAUGGUAAUUACAAUUCUGUCGAAAUAGGUACCCUUUGUCCUACAGGAUACCGUUUUCUUCACAGCCCAAGGCUAAAUGCAAGAGGUGGUGGUGUUGCACUGCUCUUUAAAGAUCGUCUUGAAAUCAUCAGCCGGAUUUGUGAACAGUUCAACACGUUCGAGUUCAUGGAUGUGCGGCUUCGUGAUUCUGUCCAGCUCAGGAUUUUUGUUGUCUACAGACCACCUGAAUCCACAUACACAUUGUUUUUUGAUGAGUUCUCUCGAUUACUGGAGCAGGUUCUCGCUGAGUCUAAUGGUCAACUAUUGUUCAUUGGUGAUUUCAAUCUCCACAUGGAUUAUGCUAAUGACAGAUAUGCUAAAAAGUGUUCCAACAUAUUAAAUGCAUUUGACCUAAAGCAGCACGUCAAAGGCAUAACGCAUAAAGAUGGCCACACCCUAGACCUUGUAAUAACUAGGUCUGAUGAUGACAUCAUCAAAGGGAUUUCUGUCCAGAACCCGAUGAUUUCUGACCACCAUGCCAUACACUGUGAACUUGACCUUUGCAAACCACAGUUUGCGAAGAAAGUCGUGAAUUUCAGAAAGCUUCGAUCGGUUGACAUAGACCAACUUUCUGAAGACCUUCUCAACUCUGAACUUUUUCAAAACCAACAAGUGAAUAUUAAUAACCUGGUUAUAAAGUAUGACAACACCCUUAAGGCACUGUUAGACAAGCAUGCCCCACUAAAGGCGAAACUUGUUACCAUUCGCCCAAAAGCUGCCUGGUAUACACCCGAGGUCUCUGAGGAAAAAAGAAAGAGACGGCGCUUAGAGAGGAAAUGGGGUUCCACUGGUCUUUCAACUGACCGUGCUAAUUAUGCUUACCAGUGUGGGGUAGUCAAUAAUCUUAUUGAUUCACUAAAGACCUCAUACUACACAUCGAUCAAACAGGAGCAUUCUUUGGAUCAAAAGGUUCUUUUCAAAACCAUUAAAACAAACUUCUUGAGAAGAAGUCAGUUCAAUAUUACCCAGUUGCAUCCUCUAGUGAGGUGUUAG